GAGGAGGAGGCAGCAGCGGCAGCCAAACUUAAAUAAUUCUGACGAUUCCCGAUAUCAAAUGGAGGCCCCUGAGUGGGACCCACUGAAAAAUGACACCCUUCCGCCGACCCUGACGCCAGCUGUCCCUCCGUAUGUGAAGCUGGGCCUGACCAUUGUAUAUACUAUUUUUUAUUCACUGUUGUUUGUGUUCAUCUACGUCCAGCUCUGGCUGGUCCUUCACUACAGGCACAAGAGGUUCAGUUACCAAACUGUCUUUCUGUUUCUGUGCCUGUUUUGGGCCUCUCUUAGGACAGUGCUCUUUUCAUUUUACUUCAAAGACUUUGUCACGGCAAAUUCUCUCAGCCCCUUCAUCUUCUGGCUUCUCUAUUGCUUCCCAGUCUGCCUCCAGUUUUUCACCCUGACCCUGAUGAAUCUUUACUUCACACAGGUGAUUUUCAAAGCUAAGUCAAAAUAUUCCCCAGAGCUACUGAAAUACAGGUUGCCCCUCUACCUGGCUUCUCUUUUCAUAAGUCUCCUCUUCCUCUUGGUGAAUUUAACAUGUGCAGUAUUGGUGAGGACACAGAAUUCAGAGAGAAAAAUCAUUGUCUCUGUCCGGGUGGCAAUUAAUGACACAUUGUUUGUGCUGUGUGCUGUUUCACUCUCCAUCUGCCUGUAUAAGAUCUCCAAGAUGUCUUUAGCCAACAUUUACUUGGAGUCCAAGGGCUCAUCUGUCUGUCAGGUGACAAGUAUAGGAGUGACUGUUAUACUACUUUAUACCUCACGAGCCUGUUACAACUUGUUCAUCUUAUCGUUUUCCCAAACCAAGAAAGUCAACUCUUUUGAUUACGAUUGGUACAACGUGUCAGAUCAGGCAGAUCUGAAAUGUCAGCUGGGAGAUGCAGGUUACAUAGUGUUUGGAGUGAUCCUUUUCAUCUGGGAGCUCUUGCCUACUUCCUUGGUUGUGUAUUUCUUCCGUGUCCGAAACCCUACAAAAGAUCUAGCCAACGCAGGAAUGGUCCCAAGCCACGGCUUCAGUCCCAGAUCUUACUUCUUUGACAACCCCCGCAGAUACGACAGUGAUGAUGAUCUAGCCUGGAAUAUUGCACCACAGGGGGCACAGGGCAGUUUCUCUCCAGACUACUAUGAUUGGAGCCAUCAGAACAACAGCUUCAUGGCUUACAUAGGAUCCCUCCAACAAGAUCCAGCACUGGACACAGACCGGCCAAGCCCUAUUUAACUUCAAUCAACUACAGCAUUCUAGGACAUUCCAACAUUAAAACCAAUGUUCUGA